CUUUUUUCACGGUAAUUUAUGCAAGUAGGGAUAGUAAAUAUUUUUUGUUUAUCUAAAUAAAUGUUGUAUGGGAAAAGAUGAGUUUAUAAGAGAGAAUGGAGAAUAAUUGGUGAAAGAGCAUUAAUUCUAACAUUUUGGUUGAAUAAACAAAGGAAAAAACAAAAUUCAAGAAGCAUAUAAUGAUGGGACACCAUUUUUCUAGACAAAUUACGGAAAAAUGUGGAACUAAAUAUGAAAUUAGGAACUAUAUUUUGGGACACCCAAAAUGGAAAUGAGAACUAUAUUUUGGGACGAAGGAAGUAUUUGUUUUGGGACGAUAUUUAACAAUUCUCCUGACGAAGUUGCCAGCUCCCUCGUACUUGUAGUCGUACAAAAUUAUCUAAUACAAAAAAAUUGGUGCUUUUGUUUUACUACAAGGGAAAGUCAUCAUAUGCAAAACUCCUUAUCAAAAAUCAAAUACUCCUAAAACUUCUUCCAUUCUUUUUUGUUGGCUGUUAUUCGUUUACUUGUUCAACUAAUUCUUUGCACAUUAUUGUUAUGUUCAAAUCUUUCAUACUUGUGUGCUUGUGUUUUCUCUGUAACUCAUAUGAUCAAUAAUUCAAAACAAGCAUGGAAUCCACAAGGCAGAAGCAAGUAAGCUUCUAUGCAAAUGAAAAUGAGAGCUAUAGUAGUUACACAUACUGGGGAAGAAAUGACUCUUUCCCAUCAUCUGAAAAAUCAUCAAAUAAUACAGCCUCUCCUGCAUACAAACAGACCAUUCCUUUACUAAACAGUAACAGUAACAGUAACGACAAUAGUCAUGUUGGUUUCGGGUUUGGAAGCGGCAUGAGCAAACUAGGGGAACCUUUCAAGCUCCCAACAUUCAGAGUUUUGUCAGGAAAUGGUGAUAAUGGAACCAAACAAGGUGAAGAACCAUGGUGGAAGAGGACUUUGGACCCCUCAAGUGAGGUGGUUUUAAUGUGGAAUCGUAUUUUUCUAGUGGCUUGUUUCGUUGCACUCUUUGUUGAUCCCUUAUUCUUUUAUCUGCCUCAAAUAGAGACUGAUCAUAGUGGUGAUGAAUCCAGCCUGUGUAUGUCAAGGAAUAUGCCGUUGGGUGUUGUUCUCACCUUCUUCCGUACAUUGGCUGAUGCCUUCUAUGCCUUACACGUUCUUGUAAGGUUCCGAACAGCUUUUGUAGCGCCGAGUUCUCGGGUGUUUGGAAUAGGAGAACUUGUUAGGGAUAGGAAGCAAAUUGCUUGGAGGUAUAUUAAAACCGGCUUCUUCUUUGAUCUCAUCGCAGCAUUGCCUCUUCCCCAGAUUGUGAUAUGGUUUAUUAUUCCGGCAAUAAAGCUCUCUAAGUCAAGAAGCACCUAUAAUGCACUUCAAUUAAUUGUUUUCAUCCAAUAUUUCCCAAGGUUGUAUCAGAUUUUUACUCUCAGUUCUGAGAUUAUCAAAGCUGCAGGAGUUGUCACCAAGACAGCUUGGGCAGGAGCUGCUUAUAAUCUGCUCUUGUACAUUUUAGCUAGUCAUAUUUUAGGUGCAGCUUGGUAUCUAAUGUCUGUGGAAAGGUACGCCUCAUGUUGGAAAUCGGCCUGCAGAAAUGAAGAUUCCCCCAUCAUUUGCCGUCUUAGAUACUUGGAUUGCAGUACUAUAAAUGAUGAUGAUCGUACGAUUUGGGGAAAUAGCACCCAAGUGUUUUCUAUGUGUAGUCCUGAUGACUCAAAUGAUACUUUCGACUAUGGGAUAUUUGAAAAUGUUCUGCUAAAAGGUGUGGUCUCGGAUAGAUUCAUGAUCAAGUACUUAUAUUGUUUGUGGUGGGGGUUGCAACAGUUGAGUUCGUUUGGUCAGGAACUUGAAACAAGCACAUUUGUCUUGGAAACUAUAUUUUGCAUUGUCAUUGCCAUAAUGGGUCUGAUUUUGUUUGCCUUAUUAAUCGGUAACAUGGAGACCUAUAUGCAAUCUCUUACUUUGAGGCUUGAGGAAUGGAGGCUUAAGAAGCGCGACACUGAGGAAUGGAUGAAACAUCGCCAGCUCCCUCCACACUUGCGAGAAAGAGUGAGGCGGUUUGUUCAGUACAAGUGGCUGACAACUCGAGGAGUCGAUGAAGAAACAAUACUCUCUUCCUUGCCAAUUGAUCUACGGCGUGAUAUCCAAAGUCAUCUUUGCUUGGAUCUUGUUCGACGUGUACCGUUUUUUGCUCAAAUGGAUAAUCAACUACUGGAUGCCAUAUGUGAGCGACUGAGAUCUUCACUCAGUACUGCAGGCACUUUCAUUGUCCGAGAGGGUGAUCCAGUUACAGAAAUGCUGUUUAUAAUAAGGGGGAAACUAGACAGCUCGACCACAAAUGGAGGACGAUCAGGGUUUUUCAACUCCAUCAUAUUAAAACCAGGGGACUUCUGUGGCGAAGAGCUUCUUGCAUGGGCUCUUCUUCCAAAUUCUGCUAGCUUUCCAUCCUCAACAAGGACAGUCAAAGCAGUAGAGGAAGUAGAAGCUUUUUCAUUAGAAGCAGAAGACCUCAAAUUCGUGGCGAAUCAGUUUAGACGUAUGCAUAGUAAAAAACUUCAACACACCUUCCGUUAUUACUCUCUCCAGUGGCGAUCAUGGGGUGCCUGCUUUAUUCAAGCAGCUUGGAGAAGGUAUGAGAAGAGAAAGAUGGAAGAAAGGCUAAGCUCAACAUCAGAGUCACACUUCAAAGAUGCUGAGUAUCGAAAUCAGGAAGAAAGUUCUAAUGAUAAGAACAAGGAAACUGCAACAUCAUCUCAGAUUAACCAACAGCUUGGAGGAGUCAGUAUGUUGGCGAAAAGAUGUGCAGGAAAUGAUCAUAUUGAGUUGCAGAAGAUGGUGAAGCCUCAAGAUCCUUAUUUCUUUGCUAAUGCUUGAAUUCCGAACAGUAUACUCAGAGUUAUGGAUCAUAGAUUUUGUAUUCUAGAUUCCUUACUGUGAAAAAAUGUGUAGAUUUUGAAUUCUUAAUCAUAUCCCUCCUUUUUUGGGUGAUAUCUAACUUGACUAAAUGUAACACUAAUUAAUAUACAUUAGGGAGUAAUCUUCCUGAAAGAAAAUAAGGAAUCAUACUUAUAUUUACUGUCC